GCCGGGUCGAGUCGUGUCGUGUCGUGUCGUGUCGCGUCGUGUCGUGUGGUGUCGUGUCGUGUGUAGUCGCCGUCUAACCCGCUCCCACGUCGCCGUCCAGUCGCCGCCAUGACCUGGGCUGCCUACAUCGAACAAAUGAUGUCCGGAGGCGACUCGCAGGACGCGGCCAUCAUCGGCUACGAGGCCUUCUCCAUCUGGGCCGCCUUUCCCACCGGCAACUUCGGCAACGUCACCGCCGAUCAAGUUAAAGCUAUUGUGAGUAAUGACCAAAAUGCGCUGGCAAUGAACGGGCUGCAGUUGGGAAUAAAGAGAUACACCGUACUAAUUAAUAACCUGCACGACGACGGGUACAUGAUUGUAAAAGGAAAAUCGGAACGCGAGGAUCAGAGGUGUAAUGUAGUGAUUGGCAAAACUGAAAAAGCAAUAAUCAUGUUGGAAGGGAACAACCCGCAGGUUAAGUCUACUUUAAACGAGCAGGUAUCAAAAAUCGUUGAUACCCUAAAAAAUGCCAAAAUGUGACGUCGUUGCAUCAGACUGACCAUUCUCUUUUGUACCGCUCUCAGCUUGCCCACUGCAGAGACCCUUUUUAUACAUACACUGAAAUUGAAAGCAAAAUCUGGUGAAGCUUUAAUGCACUGUCAAUCUUGAAUGAUUCCUGGACUGUUCAAACUGAUUGCAAAUGUGAUAAGAAGCACAGGUCAAGCUUGCGUUGCCAAGUGUGGCUGGUGGCAAUAAAUCCCUAUCGCCCUUUCCAACA